GCGAGGCUGGUAGGUGGGUGAAGCCGGAAGAGGAAACCCAGUGAAUUUCCCACCAGGCGAGAUGAGUGGUUUAGGGAAGCUGUUUGGGAAAGGCAAGAAGGCCAAGGCCCCCACCCCGCAGGAGGCCAUCCAGAAGCUGCAGGAGACUGAGAAAACCCUCGUCAAGAAGCAGGAAUACCUGGAGGAGAAGAUCCAGCAGGAGCUGCAGAUGGCUAAGAAACACGGCACGAAGAACAAAAGAGCUGCUUUGCAAGCCCUCAAGCGGAAGAAACGUUAUGAACAGCAGCUGUCCCAAAUCGACGGCACCCUCUCUACUAUCGAAUUCCAACGAGAGGCCCUCGAAAACGCCACCACCAACACCGAAGUCCUCAAGACCAUGUCGGAAGCUGCCCGGGCCAUGAAAGAGGCGCACCAGCAUAUGGACAUCGACAAGGUGGAUGACUUAAUGUCCGAAAUCACCGAGCAGCAGGACAUCGCCCAACAGAUCUCGGAUGCCAUCUCUAAGCCGGUUGGCUUCGGGGACGAUGUAGAUGAGGACGAGCUGCUGGCCGAGCUGGAAGAGAUGGAACAGGAAGAUCUGGACAAGGACCUUCUGAACGUUGGGGAGCCCAGUCCGGAACUCCCCAACGUCCCCUCCUCUCGCCUCCCCAGUGUGCCAGCUUCAAAAGUGCCAGCAGCCUCCCUGGACGAUGACGAGGAGUUGAAACAGCUUGCCGCCUGGGUGUCGUGAUGCAUUGUGGGAAAUUCCCCCGCCUCCCUUUGCUUCCUUCUGAGAUAGAGGCAGAGAUGGAGAGGACCAGUUUCUCCCCUCCGGCUCCCAGUGUCAGGGAAGUUGGGCGGGGAGGAAAGGGGGGGGCGGAAGUAACACACCCUGCCUAAAAUGACCUUACGUGCCGAAUGUAAACAGUUUUAUAGACAGAUUUAUAUAAAUAUAUAUAUAUAUCUACAAUAUAGAACGGGAGUGUGUUCGGGGGGGCUUAAAGGAGAUCCCCCCCCAGAUAAAGACUGAAUCUUAUAGCAUCUAGGGGUUUGCUCUUUUUCAGUAAAACGGAGGAUUUGACCCUUCUUUUGGGUACAAAGAGUGGACAGUGUGACACUCCCGAAAAUGAAGCUUGAAAAGUUCUCAAGAGGUACAUUCUGUUCUGUAUCUGCUGUCUGGCUGCUGUCCAAUUCUGGGAGUUUAUCGUCCUUCCUCUGCAACUGGUGCUCUCCUUUUGGGAGACCUUGAUCUCUUGUGCCUGUGCCCAGCUACCCACGCACCCACACACACAGUGCGCACACAACCCACACGCACAAAAGGUGCCGUACUUCAUUUCCCCCACGUACCAUGUAACAGGAUGGUGUUAAAAGGAAUGCUUGGGGUGGGGGGGCUGCCAAGAAGGGCGGAUUGGGGGUGGGGGGAGAAAUCGUGGUUUAGUUUGGAUUGGAAGUACUGUCUGUCCUGGUUUUAUCGGUAGCGUGUAUCUGUUAACACGGUUUGGGUCGUCGGUUAUGUGUUUUUUUUUUAAAGCUUGCUCGGUCUGCUUUUUUUUUUAAAUUGACUCGUGGGCAGGAGCGGGAUGGGGGAAGCGCCGCCCCCGUUUACACAUGUGCGCUCCUGCAGUGUGGCCCUUUGCUUUGUUGCUCUCUGUGCCCAGUGAAUAAAGUGCCCUAAAAUGUG